AUGAAGACCAUGUCGAUUUCCUCUCUCGUCCUGGCGACUGCCACCUCCAUCCUCGCUGCACCCAGUCCUGUAGUGCCCGUCCUAGAGCCACUGCAACUUACAAAUCUCAACGCAGCCAUCUACAGCACGACCCCACCAACAACCUGCUUCCUCUCUUUUGCUCUCAAAGACCCAAAUACAAACACAGAUACCAAAUGCUCUGCUUACUGGUCAAUUGGAAUGGCUGGAAACAAGACCUAUGACUGCUCCGACAAGGCGUACCAGCUCCACCUUCCAAAUGGAAUCUACGAUAUCGAAAAAAUCGAUUUGGGAGUCUCCCGCGCAGACGGAACUGAGAGUGGGCGGUCAGUUGUAAGUGGCGACUUGUGGAAAUGUGAGAAGCAGGAGUAUCCCAAGGCACAGUGCAAGUGGGAUGGUAUUUUCAGUCUCGAUGUGGCUCCGUCUACUUGA